AUGCUGGGAGACAUUCUGUCGUCCUACGCCGAUGAGGACGAGAGUACGUCGACGUCGUCCAAGUCAGGGCCGAAGAAUGCCUCCGCCAACGCGGCACUUUCGGGUUGGAGCUACCACGCGGAGGUCUCGGUGCCGCGCAAGAACGUCCCCGUAAACCUCCUGCGCCUGCAGAUGUGUUGUCCCGCCAUCAUCGGGGCUGGUGCCGACCGUGGCUCCGCGCUGAGCGCACACGGCCUCUUUGCGACAGCCACUUCUUCCGUUUCCUCACGAGCAGCCUUCCCAGUCCCGAAAAACGGAAAACAUGAGUUGAGCCGGGGUUCCCCUGCGUCUGUCUCGACCGCGACAGGAAAUGGAAAGGGGAAGACUGUUUCUAGCGCGCCAGGCGCAGGCAGCAACCUCCUGGCUUCGCCCGAUGUCAUCAUCGGCCCCGACAACGUUCCUCUGCUCCAGUACGGCCGCGGAGUGUUCGCGAAUGCAGAAGAGGAAGAUGUGGAGGAGUUUCGCCUGGAAAAACUCCGGCAGCAUCGCCUCCGAAAAGAAGCCAGAGAAAAUCAACAGAAACUGUCGCCCGACGCAGACGGUCUCCCGCCGCAGAGCACUCGCAGCCAGGCCCUUCUGCGGAGGCUACCGAAGCCCCAAAGCGCGACUGCCGCCAGCCCUCAUGCAGAUGGCUGGAGCUUACCCACCCUGCGUCGUGGCCGCAGCGAAGCCAGUAUCUGUCUAACUGAAGGAAACAAAACAGAUGGAAAUCCAACCGGUGAAGGUAAAAUCGGUGGAGGAAAACCCCCCGAGGAGGCUUUGGGAAGCUUUGCAGGAGCUGACCUCCGUGCAAAAUGCGUCAAAUCGGAAGAGCCAGUCGUUGACGAGUCUGCAGAAGCAAGCGACUCCGAAGGUGCCUCGGGUGUCGGGUCUGCCCAGCCACAGAAGCGAAGGCGAACGGCGCCUGAGGCGCCGGAGAGUAGCAAGGGGGAGGAUGAAGGCGAUGACGCCGACAGCGGCUCGGGGCCUCUCUUCUCUCUUUUUUCAGCGUACGACGAAGAAAAUGAAGAGGCGGAAGCGCCAGCGGCUGCACCUGUGAAACGAGAAGCGACCGCGGCGACUUCUGCGUUCGCGGCAACGUCUGAGGCGCCAGCCACACCUUCUCUGUCGCCGUUAGAAAAGAAGUUACAAGUUCACGCAGUCGCUGACCUUGCGCAAGCUGCAGCUCCUCUAUACGGCCCUGAGGACCCUGGCGAUGCCGCGAGCGCCGCGGACGUCUGGGGCGGCGGGGAGACAGGGGCAGACCGAGCCGACGGGGACCCAGCCCAGCCCCACAUGAUGCAAGGCAUGUCUCUUAGAGAGUAUCGAGAAAUGCAACAAGCGAGCGUCGGAGUGCUUUCAGGAGACACUUUGAUAGACCCAAACUGGCAAAUGAACGCGCAGUUGUACGGAUCGACUGCACAGAAGAAGCGGGAGAAGCUGGUUAUCACGACGAAUGUAUGGAGUGCGAAGGACAAGGGCGUCGUUCAGACCCAAGAGCCGCGAGGCAUGCAGAAGCGGAAACAUCAAAUCAACUGGCUGGCGGCGGAGGCCGCGGAAAAGGAGUUGGAGAUGUGGGAGAUGCUUUCAAAAAACAGGCAGAACAAAUACCAAACUGCAAUGAAAUACGGGUGGUAGAUGUCCACGCAAAACACACCGACUCUCUCCAUUCAAGCCCUACUUUUCUGCUCCGAAGCAUCUUCUGGUUUCGGUCGAGUUGCUUUUCCAAAAACCGGGACAAAAAUAACGAAGCGACAAUCCUUUUUGUGAGAUUUCGCGUUUCGCGGGACCACACGCCGAACGAUUUAAAGCUGUCCAAUGAGGCGGUGGUGGACAGCUGUCAAACAGACCUUAGUUGUCAGUACCUCGUGACGGGUGCCUUUUUUUCAGUAUCAUAGCUACUGCAGUGUCCCUGAGUCCUUGAGAUGAGUUAGGCUGUAUGGGGGCGCUAUAGUCAAGCGGACCCUGGGCGCUGUAAGAAAUGUCAGCAGGCUUGGCAGACAGGUUAGGCCGGGAAGCGUGUGUGCACGCAU